AUGCGUCCGUCCAAUUCGCCUCCGAGCACCCUCGUGGACGCCGCCACGUGCGUAUGGAACCAGUACUACCCCGACGACCACAACAUCGCCGCCGUGACCUUCCUCAACUGUUUCCGACACGGCGAACAAUGGGCUCCGUUGCUCCAAUGUGACUUGACGCAGGCGAACGCGACGGUGGUGUGGCUGCACUAUCAGGAGCUCAUUCGGACUGGAACAAAGGACUUUGAGCGAGCAAUGACGGAAAACAUUGAAGACGUGCUGCUUUGCAUGGGCAUCACGCUGUGCAUGCGGCGGCACGGGCUUUGCCUGGAGGCAGAAGAAGACGCCGCGAGGAAGCGGAACGUGCUCGUUGGUCGCACCAAGAUCACGGUUCGGUUGCACGGCGUGACGCCGGUGCUGCCCAUUGCUGCGGUGAAAGCAGAACUGGUGCACCAGUUUAAGAUCAAACUGCAGGAGAUCGAAGCCACAGAUGUUGGCCCUGGCCGUGUGCCGCGAAUGAUUGAGGUGGAAUUGUACGAGGAUCUUGUGGACUCUUGCAUUCCUGGUAACGUCGUGACGAUCUCAGGCAUCGUGAAGAGCGUCAACUCGGAAAUCCACGGAGGAAGGUAUGGCAAGCGUGCGCAAGCAAACAGCCUGUAUAUACUGUACAUCAGCGCCAACUCCGUCGAAAACUCGGCAAAGGCGGACAAAGACAAAGCUUCGGACAUUGAUUUUGCCAAAGAAGACCUCGAACAGAUUAGCAGUAUCAUCAAUCAGGGCGACGUCUUCGACCGGCUUGUCCAUUCCCUGUGUCCCGGCAUUUAUCGCAACGACAUCGUGAAGGCUGGUCUGAUCCUGGCGUUGCUCGGAGGAACUCGGAACUCGGAUGACAAAGACACGCCAUGCGUGAGCAGAGCAGAUUCACACGUGCUAGUUGUUGGCGAUCCUGGUCUGGGCAAAAGUCAGAUGCUUCGGGCUGUGUCCAUGGUUGCGCCACGAGCUGUGUACGUGGGUGGAAACACCACUACCACGACGGGGUUGACUGUCACAAUGGUGAAAGACGGAUCCGGCGACUACGCGCUGGAAUCCGGUGCCCUCGUUCUCGCCGAUCAGGGAGUUUGCUGCAUCGACGAGUUUGACAAAAUGGGGAUCGACUACCAGGCCCUGCUCGAAGCGAUGGAGCAGCAAAGCAUCAGUAUUGCAAAGGCAGGUAUCGUGUGCAGCCUCAACGCUCGGACGUCCGUCAUUGCCGCUGCCAAUCCCAGCGGCGGUCACUACGACCGCAGUCAGUCGGUGCGAGAGAACCUGAAAAUGAAAGCUCCGCUCUUGUCUCGCUUCGACCUCGUUUUCAUCCUGCUGGACCGGCCGGACGAAGAACGAGAUCGGCUGUUGUCGGAGCACGUGAUGAACUCUCACGCACGUGGCGCGCGAAAGUCGAGGAAGCGCGUGCGCGACGACUGUGCGCCAACGAGUUCAUGGAAGUCGAGCAGACACGCCAACACACUGCCGUCAAGCAAUUACGAACCAGCCGCCGAGUCUGGUCACCGCAUGCUAUCGCACCGUCUCCGUCAGAACGUGUCCGAGUUCAGCAUCGACCCCAUACCCCUCUACUUUGUGCGCAAGUUUAUCGCGUACGCUCGCCGAUACGUGCACCCACGUCUGUCACCUGAGGAUGCGACUGUGCUUCAACAGAAGUAUCUGGAGCUGCGUGCAGCAGGCGAGGGCGAUCAGAACUCGGCGGACAGCAUCCCGAUCACCACACGGCAGCUCGAGUCGCUCAUCCGUCUCUCGCAAGCGCGCGCUCGAGCGGAACUCGCUGAGACCGUCUCGGUCGAGCACCCCCGAGAUGUCGUUGACAUCCUGCAGGACUGUUUGCGCGACACGUGCGUCCCUGAAGACAGCAGUCUCGACUUUGGCCGCAGCGAAGGCAUGAGUCUGGCCAAGAAGGUGAAAGCGUACGUCGCACGGCUCAUGAAAGCGGCAGCCCGACGCAACACGAGUCUGUUCUCCAUGGACGACCUGGUCCAAGUGGUCGACAGCAUGGCGCUCAAGGUGGACGACUUUCGGGACUUCGUGGACAUCCUGCGCAACGAGUGUUACUUGCUGAAGAAAGGCCCGGGACAGUACAAAGUGCAAACGUCGUCGUACAACAUGAUGUGA